AUGGCGAACGGUCGAGAGGAGAACCAACACGGUCCGGUCCGGAGUCCGGACGGGCUGCAGGUCCGGCUCCUGUCCUCUCAAGUUCUGGUUCUGCACGGUGGAUCGGUCCGUCCGUGCACUUCAGGAAAACAUGUCCACAACUUUCUCCACCGCACACACGAGACGGCGACCGAGCUGCAGCUGCGCACUGCGCUCCUGUUUUCGCAGAUCUGCACACUCCCGUGCACGGUCACGCCGCUCCGUGGACGCGCUCGGGUUCAUCCACGUUGUGCGGAACGCUGCGAAACUGCGCAAAGACGCAGAAAGUUGUGCGCUCCUCGACGCAGCGCCUCACCCCAAAACAGCUCAACUCACAUCCUGUUGUCCAAUCCGAGUGUCUGA